AUGUCUCGCCUAUCUUAUUCACUGGCGGCAGCCUCCUUGCUCACAACAUUCAUUGUCACCAUUUCUAAUGGUAUCUGCUACGCAACCUCGAAAGCCUCGCCUGAUGUGGCCUCAACUAUCCUAAGUGCAGUGAGCUUCGUGAUUUUGAUGUCCCUCGGUCUGCUGCACCACCAAAAUAUACAAACCGGCCGCCGACAAUUGAUCUAUUUCGCCGGUGGAUAUCUACUCGUUGCCGCUGCAGCAUCUGCCGGAACAAUAGCAAAGAGUCCUCAAACAUCGGUCUUUGUGAUUCGCUCUGUGUUCUGGGCACUAUCAGUUUUCACACAAGGCCUGUACUGCGGAAUUUUUGCCACGACACUAGCCCAGGAUAGAUUCAAUCGUGAAUGGCCACGUGCCUACUCCCAGGAGCUCAAGGAUAUCCCGCAAACCCCAAAUUUUCUCCCAUCGCCCCCUCGAGUAUGCGACUUAUCCGAUAUAUUCGAGCCUAAAAGAUCCUCACUCCGCAAAUUCCCUCGGCGGUCUAGCCGCUACUCAGACGCAACACUCUGUCCUUCAAGCACAAAGGACGGAAAGAACGCCUCCAUCGACACAACGUCCUCGACCCACAGCUCACCGUGCCCAUCCCCAACACAGGAUAGAAGGCCAGACACCUUCCCAGACCGGGACACUCGCCCCUUCCAAGGUACCCACAGCAUCCGUAGCAUGCCCAGCCUGCGCCACAACCCGCUAACCGCACCCUCCUUAGACAAUCUAGUACACCCAUCAAUGCCCUCACCCGCAGCAUCAACAAUCCGCGUUGACUCCCCAACACAGUCCGGCUCCAACAGCUCAACGUGGGAAUACAACCCGUUUGGCGAAGACAACAUCCACCCUCUCUUCCGAUCAACAAGUCCUUGCCCAUCCCCAACUUUUACCCCUGGGACAAUGGUUAAAGCCUCGCCGAGCGCGGGGCAGACCCUCACAGCGGGCACGAUCACGCGCAUGAGAUCUGCCCGCUCCCUCCGUGACCAGGCGAUGCGUACUCCUUCCCCUCUGCCAGAGUCGGAGCAGAGAUAUGACUUGAAUGAAUCCCCUUAUGAAAAGUGA